AUGGCGGGACGCGGCAUCCGGCAGUGCCUACACGAUAUCACCGCUUAUCUGAUAGUACUCAUCGUCGUCGCCACCCUUGCAUCUCUGCAGUUUGGCUUUCAUCUAGCCGAACUCAACGCCCCUCAAGAUGUCAUUACCUGUCAGAAAAAAUCAAUCUCCACUGCCUCUCGCGUUGCCGGCUGGAUCAAGGAGGCUGCUGGCAAAGCUGACAGGACCGGAGGGUCUCCUGGCUGGCUACCAGAAUGUAUCCCCAUGAGCGAAGCCGCCUUUGCUACCGUCUCUUCCAUCUUCACCGUCGGAGGUCUCGCUGGCGCCCUGGCAGCUGGACCGUUUGCCUCCAGGCGGGGGCGACUCCCUGCAAUGAGAACGACGGCUUUGCUGUACAUUGUGGGCGCUGCCGUCGAGGCCUUGGCCGGCAGCGUCGUCGCCAUGUCUGUUGGCCGUCUUGUUUCGGGUCUUGGAGCCGGAGCUUCCACAGUCAUCGUGCCCCUCUACAUCAGCGAGAUUUCUCCCCCCGAUGAGCGAGGGCUAUUCGGCGCCAUGACCCAAGUUUCCAUCAAUAUUGGCAUUAUCGUCACCCAGACCUUGGGGUACUUUUUGAGCUACGGCCACGCCUGGAGAUGGGUUCUUGGUAUUGGUGUUUGCAUCGCCACGACCCAGUUUCUUGGCUUAUUCGUCGUUCCCGAAAGCCCUGCCUGGCUAGCUGCGCAUGGCGACCCUACCAAGGCCAAGAUGACGCUGCAGCGCAUUCGGGGGAGCGGAUUCAAUAUCCACGAAGAAACCUCACAUUGGGGAGCCGGUGGCGGUAGUGGUGCCGCAUCCGGUCGAGAGGCAGAGGAAGAAGGUCUUUUGGGUCAGACUGACGGAACCGCGCCACUGUCUCCUACCACCUCUGGCUCGACACGACACAUGGGUUUCAUGGAGGUUGUCAAGGACCCAAAAACACGGCCAGCCAUUAUUGCCGUCGUCGGAAUCAUGAUAACGCAGCAGUUUUGCGGCAUCAAUUCCAUCAUCAUGUAUUCUGUUUCCCUGCUCGCCGAUUUGCUCCCGGUUUCUUCCGCAAAGCUCACCAUCAUCAUCUCGGCCGUCAAUCUCGGCAUGACCAUUGCUUGUGCCCCGUUGCCGGAUCGUCUGGGCCGCAAGAGGUGUUUACUCAUCUCCAUCGUGGGACAAGGUUCGAGCUCGCUAGCCUUGGCGCUCUCCAUCGUGUUUGGUGCCAAGGUCCUAUCAGCAAUUUCUGUUCUUGCCUUUGUAGCCUUCUUCGCCGUCGGCCUUGGUCCAGUGCCCUUCAUCAUGGCGUCAGAGCUCGUGGGACAGGAGGCUGUUGGAGCAACCCAGAGCUGGUGCCUGGCCGCCAAUUACAUUGCAACAUUCAUCGUGGCUCAAUUCUUCCCCAUUAUCAACACCGCAUUGAACAAGGCGUUUGGCGGAGCUGGAUGGGUGUACUUCCUCUUUGCCGGGCUGGCUGCGCUGGGUGCCUUGUUCGUCGGUGCUCGGGUACCUGAGACGAGGGGGAAGAAGGAUGCCGAUGAGGUUUGGGGACGAACACGCCGUUUGGAUUAA